AGCUAGUUGGGAAAUAUUUGAAAUACAAAUUUUAAUUCGAAAACUAAGAUCCCAAGCCCACCAUGGAGCGGAUGUGGCGUAAAGUGAACCACAGCUUGCGGAACACCAACAAGUCCCAAGUGCCACAGCCGGCAACAGGGACGGGCGGUGGCGACGGAACACCCGGUGGUGCAACAGGCACAGCUGCCACACCACAAUCCACCGAUACGAUCAGCUCCGCCGGCGGCUUUGGAGACGGCCAGCUGGUGGUGGCUGUCCAGGGUCUGCCAGCGGGCACCACUGGCGGCAGUAAUGCCACCGGUCGGCGUCUCGCCAGCAGCGGCGGUGGCAACUGCCACAAGUCGCUCAGCCAGCAUGUCCUGCAGACGCGUACUGCAUCCUCGGAGCGACGGAGACGCCGCAGGCGGAAGAGCCGACCGCGGCGCAGUGGAGGCAUGGGCGUUACCAGUUGUGUCGGCGAUCCAGGAGGCGAUAAUAUGUCUUCCUCUGGCGGCUUCUACACUUUGAAGGAACACCACCAACACUACCGUCCCAGUAGUCAUCACCAUGGCGGAGGCGGGACCGGUGUCGGCGGGAGUUCUCGCCGUCUGUUUGCCACUUCGGCGCCCAGCGGCACAGUGAUGAUGUAUCCGAAUCCCCAGCGAACAUACGGCGGAUCUGUGGUGGCCACUGGACAGCAGGCUGCAGUUGGCGGGGGCACCACGGCCGGUGGAGGUGCCACAGCCACAGCCGGAGGUGGUACCAGUGCCGGAGGUGCUGGAGGAUCUGGCGGAGGACAGCCGGAUAUAUCGUUGCGACAGCGGGCGGUGGCCAAGCUGAGAAUGUUCAACUUCCAUCUCAACUGGGAUCUGCACAUGACGCAUUGCAAGCCCUGCGGACCUCGUCUGAGCGGCAGUGGCGGCAACAUAAUCACCCGCCGGCUAUGCAGGAAUCGUCGGCGGGAGGACAACGAGCUGUACCGCUCCAACAGCUUCAAGUUUGAGCGUUUUGAGCGCAAGGAGUGCCUCGAGGAGCUCUCCAACACGUUGCAAAAGCAGAUUGCCAUCUGUGAUGAUUACAGCCUGCCCGUAGACUUUGUUAAAAAACGACCGUCCAGCUUCGAUCCGUGCCUGGCGGAGGCGAUACCAGCGAAUCCUGAGCACUGGAUAGCUCCCAGUCCGCAAACAGAAUUUCUGCCGUUUGGCGAAGCCCAACAAGCGUUGCAAGUACCAGGGGCAGUUGCAGCAGCAGUACCAGCAACAUCAGCAGCACCAGGAGGAGGACCACCAGCAACAGUUGCAACAUCAGCAGUAGCAGCAGCAGCAGCACCACCACCAUCAUCAGCUGCAGCGGCAACAUCAGUAGCCCCGCCAUUGCCUGCUCCACUUGCCACAUUGCCGCAUCAGCAGCAGCAACAACAACACUUGCAACAAAUCGGCAACAAUAACAACAACAUUGCCAGCAAUACGCACAGCCAUCAUCACAACAACAACAAUACAUUGCCAGUGGGAGUGCAACAGCAACAGCAGCAACAACAACAACUGCAGCAACGUGCCACCUUGCAACAUCCACCGCUGCCGAACAGCAACAUCAAGCAGGCAUCGGUGAAGCUGAUCGAAGGAUAUUCGGAUCCGAAGGAUACGCGGCAGCACAAGAAGGUCUACCACAAGAAGGCCAAGAGGCGCUCCAAUCCGAGCCACAAGCGGGCCCAUCAGCAGCAUCAGUUGCAACUGCAACUCCACCUGAGGCACCAACAUCAGCUACAGCAGCAGCAGCAGCAGCAACUGCAACAGCAGCAGCAACAAUUGCAACAACAGUUGCAACAAACAUUGCCAACGCCACGUUGCGUGCCACAGCAGCAGCAACAACAACAGAGACACUCCACCUACAACAACAACAACGGAAAUCUAAAAAAGGACAAAAGGAAUAGCCAAUACAAUUCAGACUCUUCUGCCCCGAAAUCCUCGGACGACGAGGCUGAUAUAGACGAGGAAGUUGAGCAGCCACCUCUGCCAGUUGGAGUUGCAGCUCCUCUGCCUGGCACUCUACCCGGAACUCUAACAGGACCUCCGGCCGGACCGAUACCAGCACCUCCCCCAGUGCCACAAUCCGUGCUACCAGCGGCAGGACUCAACUCCCCGGACUCCAUAACCGACGAUCUGGUGCGGCCCCUGCCGCCGCAACUGCAACGAAGUCCCAGGAAGCUGACUGUUGCCACCGCGGAGCACAGCAAGCGCCAGCCCUCGCCCUACUACUACUCGGAUCUGCUCAAGAGCCGCCAGGACAAGGACAAGGAUAAGGACCGGGAUAGGGAUAGGGAUAGGGAGGAGAUCAAGCUUAAGAGUCGCCAGUCGACGGCCAGCGAACCGCCGCAACAGACUGCCGCCCAACAGCCAGCGGCCUACAGGAAGAGCUCUAGCUUGGAUGUGCCCCAGCCCCAGGAGGAGUUGCCAGAGCCCCCCGAACAGGACGGCCAGGAUCCAGAGCAGGAGCAGGAGCUAAAGGACUUGGAUCUAGAUCUAGAUCCAGAGAACCAGGCCACACCCAAGCGGUACAGCUUCACGGAGGAGGGCGUCCACAUAAUACGGUGCGAGACACCGAGCACCAGCACCUCCGAGGAGUCCGACUGCAGCGAGUGCCUCAAGCGGCGCGAGUGGCACGCCCGGGCCUUGGCCCUCGUCCGGAAGACGUGCAACGUCCAGCCCCGCCACCCAACCGGCAGCAACUCCACCGGAAGUGAGCUACAACUGCAACUGCAGCAUUGCGACGCCGGCGAGGGUGAGCUCCUCAAGUGCUGCCCACCACCACCAGCUCCUGUUUCAUCCUCAGUUCCAGGACAAGGACCAGGACCCGGACCAGGACCAGGACAAGGACUAGUUGCUGGUAUUGAGCCGAUGCCACCGCACCGCCUGCUCGGACCAGUAGCCGUGUGCGGAGCCUGCAUCGCCGCCCCACCAUCCUCCUCCGGCGGCCGGGGUAGCCGUGGUGAAGCCGGAGGCGGAGGCGAUGAUCUCGAGGAGGAGUACUUCCGGCCACGCAGCAUCUUCUAUGUCCAUCCGCAUGGCGUCCAUGAAUGCGCCGAGUGCGCCAUCCAGCCAUCAACGAACCAAACGCCGGCAAACGCCCUAGAUCUCUACGGGACGUCCAACCACGACGAGGGGGAGGCGGAAGCGGAGGAGGGGGACGACGACGACGACGACGACGAAGACGACAGAGACGGUGACGGAGACGAAGAGGAUACGGAGGACUCGGAGGACACGGUCGACUCAGAGGAGGACAUCAUGGGCAGCCGCAGUCGCCGGCAAAUCUACGAGACGGCCUUCGAUUGCAAGAUUGCCAAGUCGGACGAUGACCUGGACGAGGUGGAUCGCAUCACCAAUCAUUCCGUGCUGCUGCAGCUCACCAACAAUGGCAAUACGGAGGCACUGGCUCCCAAAACCCGUUCCGGCGACUGCAAACGGGCCAAGAACUCCAAGAACCAGGCGCUCCAGGAGCAGGCUGGCGAGGCGCAGGUCCAGGUGCAUCACGUCCAGGCCGAAAUGGGCAAGCUGCAACUCAGCCAGGUGGACCAGCAGAAUCAGAACCAGAGCCAGGGUCAGGCGCCCAAUCCGCCCAAGGGCAGUGAGCCAUCCGGCAGCAGCAGCACCCAGCAGCUACCCGUGAGGGGCUAUACGCCGUCGCCGCCAUCCACGGCACCGUUGCCGAUGAAGUUUCCGGGCAAGCACGACCGCUACCUGAACAUGAACAGUAUUAGGAGUGCCCCCAACCUGCCCGCCGCCAAUCCAGCCCAUCCCCGGCUGCGGGACCUCCGCCUGCCGCUGCAGUCCAUCAAGAACCAGCAGAUGUGCGGCGGGAGCAGCAACGACAACAGCCUCACCGACAGCGCCUACGUGAAUCCGCCCUCCACCAACUCCAACUCCAACGCGGCAUCCGGCUCGGCCUCCGCUUCGGCCUCCACAGCCGGAGGAGGAGGUGGUGGCGGUGGACCCGGUACCGGACCUGGAGUGGGAUCUGUGUCGGGGGCAGCUCCGCGACGACCACGCUCGUUUGUCUUGGAGUCGGGCAGGGUGCUGGAGCUGCGGAGGAGUGCCCAGGGUGCGGGACAGCCGCAGGGCUCGUCCACGUCGCAGCGCCACCACCAUCCGCAUCAUCAUCACCAUCGCCGGGGUCACCAGCGACCGGGCAAGGGCCAGGGGAGCAUACCCGGGCACAACUACAGCAGCACGGAGAGCAUCGCCACCUCGAGCAGCGGCGGCAGCAUGGAGUCCCUGCGUUCCAGCACCAGCGAGGGCAAUCGGAGCACCUCCAGCUCCGAGUCGCGGCACUCCAGCUCCCUCAGCUCCCACAGCUCGGAGAGUGGCGGCAGUGGCGGGAACGGCAGUGCCGGCUCCAGUGUGGCCUAUCCCCUGCGGCCGGCGCCCCUGCUGCUCCACUCCAAGCUGCACAUCCUCAGCCCCAUCUCGGACAAAUCCUCCCAAGAACCGGCUUCGGCCAGUGCCUCCGAGCAGUCCCAGCAACAGCAGCAGCAGGUGCAGGUCCAGGUGCAAGGACAGCAGCAGGGGCCAGCGGGCCAGGAGGAUGUCCUGGCUGGAACUGGGGCCUCCUCGAAGCAACUGCGUGGGAAUCGCGGAGGUGCCCCCAACAAGGCUCUGCUCCAGCUGGCCGAUGAGCUCCUGGGAUCGGACAGCGGCAUAUCCCUGCACUCCCGCGAGGAGGGAAAGCCGCCCACCCAAGCCGGCCUGGCCCUGCAACGCCUCACCCUGCCCAAGUUGCAACUGAUUGGGGCAGACACCUCCGUGUCCGGAGCGACUACUGCGGCCGGCGGUACCCUGGCCAGUGGCAGUGGCAGCGGGGCAGGUGCAGCGGCCGGAGGAGGUGGCGGCAUGCCGCAGGAUCUGCGGGAUCUGCCGUUCGAUAUGCCGAAGCUGAGGCGCCGCAAGACCCUGCAACAGGAGGCGGCCUGCACCUCGGGCAGUGCCACGUCCGUGGACCUGGGCGAGCUGCCCUUCGACAUGCCCAAGCUGAGGAGGCGUCUGCGCGCCAACCAGGCGGAGAUCAACAACCUUCUGAUGCACAGCACCGAGUCCAGUGGCAUCUCCCAGGCCUCCUCCAGCCAUUCCAUGCGAGACGAUCAGAAGAUUUCCAGUAAAUUGGAUACGGCUCUCUUCCGUCAGAACCUCACCCUGAAUCUGAACGAGCCGCGCCAGUCUACGAAGCAGUUCGGGAGCCUGGAUCUGCGAGGACUCAACAGCAACAAGGAGCUGAACAUGAAUCUCUGCCAGGGAUAUGUCACGGCUGUGGAUCUGAUUGAUGUCAGCAUUCCCUUGGAGAGACAGGGAUGGUAUCAUGGAGCCAUUACUCGAAUCGAAGCAGAAACCACAUUGCGUCCUUUGGCUGAAGGAUCCUUUUUAGUUCGCAAUUGCGAGUCCACCAAGCAGGACUACUCCCUCUCCCUCAAGGGCGCCAAGGGCUUCAUGCAUAUGAGGAUACAACGCAACGAAACCGGCCAGUACAUUUUGGGGCAAUUCAGUCGUCCUUUCGAGACGGUGCCCGAGAUGAUCCGGCACUUUUGCCUCAAUCGGUUGCCAGUGCGCGGUGCUGAGCACAUGUGCCUCAUUGAACCGGUUAUAGCCCAGUUGCUCUAAAAAGGACAUUUUUAGGAUUCAAGGAUUUAAAAAAAAAAAACAAAAAACAGAAUAACAUAUUAAUAGCAUGUAGAGGAUAUUAGGAAACAUAUGUGAACAUUGUAUUGCACUAGUUAUGUAUGCGAAUAGUUGUAAACGCAAAUUUUUGCAAAUAAUGUUUUUUUUUUCACCAAUUUUUUUUUUAUUACAACAACAAUAAGAAGAAGAAGAAGAACAAGUACACCCACACAUACUAGUUUAGCGUUAAAAGUACGUAGCACAUUCAGACAAUACCAGCAAAUAAUAAAAAAA